UUGAUCAACCUGGGCAGUGCUUGCAGGGGGAAUACUUAAUGCACAACACACCAUGAAAACAGCUACCAGUUGCCAACUCCAGCACUUGUAAGUCGGAACUCAAAAGCCCACAAACCUCAAUGCAUCGAUUCAGUUCAGUCGUAGUUACCUUGCAGAAUCUGCCACCACACAUAGCCAUGAAGCUCUCAAUAUCCAAUUUUGAAGCAUUUAGAACUAGCAAGGAGAAAGUGAAGCAUUUCCACGAGUUUUUGUCCAGAAGGCUAGGUUUUCUCUCCAAGUGUACAGCAAAAUUGUUCGGACGCUCUUACCAGUUUCUGGUCUUCAAAAGCAAUCCUUUGAUAGUCCAGCUUAUUUACUUCAUGUCGAUAUCCUUUGCUGGUUUUCUUGCCCUGAAGAAUCUCAAGUCCCUGAAUAAGCCAACUCGAAGGAACUUGGAUCGUCCCCCGCGGGCGACGGGGCCGCGCCGCCACCCACCCUCGUCCAGCUCCCCCCUCCUCCUCUUCUCCUCCGCCGUCGUCGGCGUGCGUCGCCGGGCAAGGCCCGGGCAGCGCCGGCGGCGGCGGCCCUCGACUUUCCCCUCUCGGCGCUGCGCCUGCGCUGGGGUAGGUGCGGCCGGGAGGUGCUCCUCGGCCGGCGGCGGUCCGGCGUGGCGGGGUGAGAUCCCCACGUCGGGUGGGAGGAGGGGUGGCGGCGCGGCCGUUGGCGGCGGAGCUGCACAGGCGGCGCCAUGGCAGGGCCCGCUCGGCCCAGAUCUGGGCCCAGGCGGGGCCCGGAGGGGCACGGCGGUGUCUCUGCUCUUGGCACGCUGGCGGCGCUCCCUGGAGGAAGAGAAGGCAGGGCGGCGGUGGGUGGGCGGCGGCGGCACUUCGGCCGGCCAGCUGCAGCGUAGCAGCGGGGCUUUACGGGCCCUUUUGGGUCCGGCGGGCCAGUUCGGGCCUGGUCUGCCUCGUAGCCUCGUCCGGUCGGCUACCGCGAAAGCAGUGGAGGCAGUUCCCUCCCGCGUGGCUGCGGUGCUGCUACCCCCGUCCCCGCCGCAUCCCUUUUCUUCGUCUAGGCCUUGCUCCGGUGACCACAGUUAGGCGGCGAGGAUGGCUACAAGACCGUGGUGGCGUGUGCGGGUGGGCGGCAUGUUAGGUGGAGCACGUCGGAGCGUCUGGGGUGGUCGGUUUGGUGGUCGGGAGAAAUCCCUGUCGGCAUGCUCGACACCGACGCGGUGACGCCUACGGGUGUCACCUUUCCUUCCUGAAGGGCGUCGGGUGUACCUCCUCCCCAAUCCCCUCCGCAUACCGGGGGAAACCCUAGGACUAGUCCGGGCAGCAGCGGCGUCAUCGUCGUCUCCUUGGUGAAGGUGUUGCUUGGUAUGCGGUGCCUCGGCGUGCUAGGAGCGUGGUGGUACUUCUCCGGAGGGCGCAGCGGUUGCGGGUCAUCAUCGUUUUCGUCGAUCUGCCGGUGUCGGCAUUUUUUCUUCUUUCCUUUCUUUUUCUUUCCUUUUGGGCUUGGUUGUGCUGCGGCCCCAGCGCGUUCGUUGUAUCGGGUCGUUUGCUAUAUUAAUAUAGCGGGGCGAAAGCCUAUUUCGAGGAAGGAACUUGGAUCUGAUG